GAAUGAAUUGUGCCAUUUGUAGUAAAAAUGCUGAGAUCGUGGGGAUAUGUGUCCACUGUUGGCUCAUUCUUGUCAAUUGUGAUGCGACGCUGCGCAUUGCUGUUUGUGUGUCUUGGGUGUAUGUGUUGGUGGUUGUGCUGGUCGUCCGCUGCAUUAAUGUGUUGCUACUGCAGGGUUGUUUAACGGGACAAUAUUUGGCAAAGUGGUCUGAAGCGUGGCAAAUGAAACAAUUCAUUCUUUUGGCAUUGGAUGCUCCGAGACGACACUAA